CAGAGGACCGGCGCAGUGGUCACCACACCGCCCGAGUAUUACCCCGUUCCCGACGUGGAGACCGAGGUCGUGGUGGGAACCUCUCAUGCAGCUACUAGUGCAGUUCAACGGGGGCCGAGCGACGUUGACCUGCAACCAAUACCCCUCCAGCCACAAGUGCCACAGCCCGGACCUUCGCAGCCGCAGCCCGGACCUUCGCAGCCGCAGCCAGGAGCUUCACAGCCGCAGCCUGGACCUUCGCAGCCGCAGCCGGGACCACAGCCACAACCCCGCCGAAGACAGCCCAGGCAGCUGGAGGAAGCUGUGUGCCGGGCUACAGAUGAGUACGUGCGGCAGGGCCAGUGUGCUGAUGCGAGGGCCCUGGCAGACCGCAAGUUCCACCACAAGAUGUUGGAGCAAAACCGCGCCACGAGGCCCAGAUGGCCAGCCAAGAACGGCUGGAAAACCAGCUCUGCCGUCUAACCGAAGAGGUGGGCCGGCUGCGCCACGUUCAGCAGCAGCGCCUCGAUCAAAAGCGCAGGGCGAACGAAUGUACCCAGCGCCUGCUGCAGCAACUUUUGGAGGCCCUGGCCGGUGGGGCUGCACUAGUCACUCGCCCACCGUAGCCUCCUAGCGCGUAAAUUUUACUGAUAUAUACUGAGUAUGUACAGCGCAAUGAAACGAAGGCAAGAGAAACACACAAAUGACAGACUGGCACUGACUUCCAACUGAAUUA